AUGAUAGCACUUGACUGGGAAAAACAUGGCCAGCAGGGGCCAGCUAGUGGUGCUGACCAGGAACUCCGCAUGGUUCUUGGGGCUUUCCAAAACUACGGAUACAGAGCGAGACGCCGUGAGAUCCCCAGGCAUUCUCAAGAGAGAAGCCAGUUCCCCGGCUUCCUUCAGAGAAAGCUUGUCAGCCUUGCUUCAACAUCUACCUUGAUUAUACUCUACUAUCAAGGUCACGCAAAUGUAGAUCGGCACGGCCACCUGGUGUUAGCCAAUGGCAACGGGGAGAGGAUGCAUUGGUCGGAUGUUGUCAAUGCAAUCAUUCCCGUCCGGUGCGAUGUUCUCGCAAUACUGAACUGUUCCCAUGCCGGUGCUGCUGCAAGAUCUCAUAUCUCACGCGAAAAUUUUGAGGGCCACGAAAAGCAAGUUAUGAUGGCAGUCUCUUCAAGUAUGCGCGCUCAUCGAGGCUCAGCUGGCUUUGCUGUAUGUUUGGAACAGGCAUUGAGGGAUCGACGCCGGAACUGGGAGAGCAACUUCAAAGGCAAUCUUAGUCAUUGGGCCGAGGCGAUAAAUCGGAACAUAGCCAUGAAGUCUGGAACAGCCGGCCACGUUGGUAUUGGUCGGCUUAUCAGACCACCUGCACGGGCUACCCAUCGGCCGAUAAUUAUAGGCCCUCGGACAAGCUGUUGA